CAGAAGUUUGCUAGGAGAACCGAUCCUGAUAUUUCCAGAAAUAGAAGGUUUCGGGUAUUCUGAUUGCCGGGCAAGACCAUUACUAUUGUUAUUAUGUUCUCUGCCGGUAAUAAAUCAGUGAGCCGCAUUGGUAGAUGCAUGCUUAAAUCGGACAUUGCGAGGAUUGGUAGGGCUGAUGCCAGCGGGGGGCAUUGCCACAUCAAUUGGACGCGGGUGUGUAGGCCGCUGCGGACCACGCAUGCACUGCCAUCAGCCUCAGGGUGACGUGGAUCUGGAGGAUGCGCACCCCCUGCGACCAUGCGCGGGCCGGACAUGCAUUUCUCGAAGAUGGAGCUGGAUGUCUUCACGGUCUCUACCUCCAUGGUGGUCGGCAACGGGGAAUCUGCCCUCUUCUUUGACAUGUGGUUGGACGGCAAGUCCAUCAAGGAGAUGGCGCCUGAGGUGUAUGCUUUGGUGCCGAAGCGCCGGCGAAAGGCGCGCACGGUCCGCGCUGCGCUGGUUGAACGCACCUGGAUCCCACCGAGCGCCCUGGCAGUACGUACAGCUGUGGGGCCGGCUCAGGGACACCCAACUAUCGGCGGACCCGGACAGGCUAGUCUGGCGUUGGAUGACGGAUGGCCAGUAUUUAGCCGGGUCCUGAUAUGACACCCUCUUCCAGGGGGCGAUCAUCUCAGGUUCCUGGAAGCUUAACUGGAGAUCCUGGGCGCUGCGUAGCUAGGGUGAAGUUCUUCGUUUGGUUGGGCUGCCUUGACAGAUGUUGGACGGGUGAAAGACUGGCACGGCGCGGACUCCCGCACGCGCCUAGAUGCCCGCUAUGCGACUAGUCUGUUGAGACCAUGAGGGCUGAGGCACCUCCUCACAGGAUGCUCCUUCUCCAAGACGGUUUGGUUUGAGGUCCCGUCGUGGAUCCGAUCCACCUCUUGCCCUCCCACGGCUGAGGGUGACUUCGCUGAUUGGUGGUCGCUGGUGGUGCGGACCGCCCCUCGCCAACUGCGUAAGGGCACUUCGUAGAUUAUCAUGCUUACGGCAUAGUGGAUUUGGAAACACCGGAACGCGGCGGUCUUCGACAAUGCAUGGCCUUCCGUGAUAUCCUUGUUCAACGACAUAGUGGCCGAGGCGCGGCAAUGGGCGGACGCGGGAGCUCGGGGUCGGGGUGUGAGCCAGUUACUCCCCUAGUUUAGUCUUUUUUCCAUUUCUUGGGUCGAGUUGUACGGCGUGUUGUGUCCGUUCUCGGACUUGUACAUAAACUCUUCUUUACCUAUCGAUGCAUCGAAACGCAAGGCUUUUGCAUUUUCGCGAAAAAAAAAUCGGACAUUGCCAGUAAUAAACUGCCCGAGCCUGCCAGUAAUGGCAUUGCCCAAUAUCUACUAUUUACUCCUUUUUCGACAUUGCAAUUUUCCCUAAGCUGAAAAUACACUUCUCUAAAUCUACUCAUGCUUAAGAAAAUCUCAGUUAAUUGAUACAUAGACGUACCACUGUUCUAAAUCCUUUUUCAUAGCACUAGUAGAACUAAGGUAGGACACAUUACAUACUAGUAUUAAUUUAUGUUCUGUUUGUGCAAACCUGGAUAGUUUUGUACAUAGGGCGGUGCCAAUAGAGUAUAAAAGUAGGAAUUGGUUUGCGCGACUAUAGCUGUGCUGAUUGUGUUGUGUAGCUUCGUAUGCCAUCACCAAUGUUGGGAUGGUUUGCUCAGAUAGUCAUGCGGCUCACUCCGAGCAUGAAUCGAUUUUUCUAUUGAGAUACAGACAUUUUUUCUGGUCUAUUGAGAUACAGGCAAUUCUAUGACACACCAAUGUUUCUAUAUGUCUGGAAACUGUGGGAUGAUUUGCGAUUUUUUUUUCUUAAUUUGGUAUUUUUGUGUUAAUUUGAGUAGUUCAGUUCUGACUUAUAUGAUUCUUACUUUAUGUUUUGUUACACAUGCUCCAUCUUCAGUUGAUGCAACCGGUACAGCAACCAUUUCAAACUGUUGGUCAAGCCAUGCCAGGAGCAAACAUGGACAUACCAGAGCAUAUGCCAGAUUUUGUGCAACCUAGGAACCAUAUGCCUCAAUCUGGUCAUUUUCUGCUUGUAUCACGAGCUGUGUUCCCUGCUGGAUAUAUGCCCAGGAUGGACGUGAUCGAGCCUCAGUUUUAUACUCAUGAAAGAAUAUGGGUUCCUUAUCUAGAUCAAUCCUGCGGUACAACUGAGCAUCAUUUUGUGUCAACUGCAAUUCCCUCAGUUAGCUCAACUGAACCUGGCUCUUCGGACUGGGGAGAGUACACUUCAGGGGAUGGGAAGAAGUACUUUUACAAUAAGAGGACAAAGUUUUCAAGCUGGGAGAAGCCUGCUGAGAUGAUGACACCUUUGGAGAGGGCUGAUGCGACAACGGACUGGAAAGAAUAUACUACACCAGAAGGUCGUAGGUACUAUCACAACAAAAUGACAAAGAAAUCUAAAUGGACUAUUCCUGAUGAGCUAAAGAUGGCACGCGAGCUAGCAGAAAAGGCAUCAAGUCCUAAUUGCGACACAGAAACAACUGCGGGUACCUCUGUUGGAUACACGUCUAUUUCUGGGGAGCCUUCUUCUGUACCUGCCAACGAUAUUGUAGGUAUUGUUGCCCCGAGCACACACGAGGCAGUAACCUCCCUUUCUGAAAGGUUCGAUAGAGUUAUGGGUUCGAUUCAUCUGUAGUAACAGCAGUUGCUUUAUGCACAUAUGGUGUAAUUCAUUGAUAGUUAUCAGUGAACGAUUUGAUCAAAACUUGUGGAUCUGAGAAAACUUAUAAGAAUUGUUCCAAACUGUCAUAA